AUGGCUGCGACCUCAGUGCACCGCGUUUUGACACUGUGCAGGCAAUUUCAGACGGGAUUGAGGAUAACUUCUACAUUUCCAGUUCAGCAUUCAGCACUGUCUCUCACCAGAUUCACGCCUUGUCCUUUCAGGCAAAGCUUCAUCUGCUCGUAUUCUCAAAGCCAUGUGGGCAUCGCCGUGCAAAGCAGGUCCUUGCACACAUCCCAAGGCAGAAUGGGUCUGGAUGAGUUUUUCGAUACUCCUGAAAACUGGGGCGAAGCAACAGUCAAGUCAGGUGCGCCUUGGACUGCAAAGCAACUAAGGACAAAAAGUAAUGAGGAUUUACAUAAACUAUGGUAUGUGCUCCUGAAGGAGAAAAACAUGUUGCUGACUAUUGAACAAGAAGCAAAGAGACAGAGGGUUCAGAUGCCUAGUCCAGAGCGUUUAAAGAAGGUUGAAAGGUCUAUGACGCGGUUGGACACAGUAGUGAAGGAGAGGGAGAAUGCCAUCCGGUUAUUGCAGACUGGUCAGGAGAGGGCUCGGCCUGGAGCUUGGAGAAGAGAUAUCUUUGGAAGGACAUAUUGGUACAAAUUUAAGGAGCAUGUUAUUCCUUGGUACAUGAACCGGGGAUACAAAAGAAAACGAUUCUACACACCACAGUUUGUGAACCCCUACAUAAGACUUCGUGUGGAGCAGUACCUGCGUCGUAAGGUCAGGGGGAAGAGAGCGGAAAUACACAGACAGAGGAAACUAAUGAAGAAGGUUGCAGAGCAGUCUGCAAAGGCGUGAAAACAAAAAAUGUGUAAAAAAAAAUAUAUAUAUAUGUCAGUGUACAGAAUGUCACCUUAGAUGCAAAAUAAAGCACUGAAUAACUGUCAAGUAUUUACUUGAGCAUUUUUGUAAAAUACUGUAAAGUUGGUACUCCCAAAACAUAUGAAUCAGAACUAAAUUAGUAUAAUAACUUGAUCAUAACAACUGAAUCCACCUCUGUGUGGAUGUAGAGGAAAAACUAAGGUGGUUUCUUUUGUAACCACUCAUCUUAUGAUGUAGAAUUUGGAUUGACAUCAACAUUCAUUUAGUAAAUAUGGCUGAAUCUAGUGUAA